AUGGCCCACCUGCCUAGUCGUGCGUUCGCUCUAUGGACGACAGUUGAAGCACAUCACGUUGACUACCGUGACAAGACCACAGAGCUGUUGUUUCUGAACAUGAAGUGUUCAUCUUUAGGCGGGCCAGCAUGUGCUCACACUGUGAUUGCUAAAACUCGCAGCUCUGAUGUGAGGUAUUGUCGGAGCUUGAUAGCUACGACGAGCUCAGUCUCUGCUUGUGAAAGUAAGCGAGCCAAGCUGGAUAUAGCACCGGAAGAAUCGUCUUGGACGAAGGCCAAGUAUAGUUCUGCGAGGUGCAUCGAUCCGUGGCAUCACAAGAUGAAUGUUCCGAAGCGUGGCAGUCUGACGGGUAUCACCUCCACCAAGACAGACGAGUAA